AUGGCGGGAUGCAACAUCGCCAGCGGAGAUGCAUGGUGUGGAGAACGGGGCACGGCGUUCGAGCUAAGAAAGGGAGAUCGCCGCCGCUGCCGGAGGCUCCUCACUUCCAUAGCAAGCUGUGUCUCGACCCAUGGCUAUAACGAGCAAGCCGGCCUGACUGCUGAGAAGCGUGUGAUGGUAAGCGUCCUGGUGUUUUGGUUGUACGAAGCCUUCUGGCUGCGCACGAUAAAGUUGGCUUGGCUCUUGUCCAAGAACCUCUUUCUUUCUCACCUGGUAUCCGGUCUCCUUAUCCUUGCAAGGUCGAUUUUGUUUCUCGAGCACCGGCAAACACCCCGCCGGUUGAUCCAAAGUGGCAUGGCCAUACUUGCUUCUCAGUGA